ACACCGGAUUGACUGCAAAGAAAAGUAAAUGCCUUUUCAAUGUGGACAGUUUAUGGUUUUAUGGCAUGAUUCUUAGCCAAGAGAAAGUUGUGGCAAUAAAAAAUACACCUGCCCCAAACAAUGCCGUAAAAGAACUUCGUAGCUUUCUAGGACUUGUGAAUUACUGUUCGAAGUUUAUUCCUAAUUUCUCUACCAUUACGGCGCCACUACGGAAAUUGGAUCGCAAAAAGGUUCCAUGGACAUGGGACGCUAGUCAUCAAGAGGCCUUUGAUCAGGUUAAAUCUUCGCUAUCUGAGCAGUGUACGUUGGCCUAUUAUGACCCUAACAGAUCAACGAGUGUUGUUGUGGAUGCUAGUCCUGUAGGCCUAGGGGCUAUUUUGGUUCAACAUGACGAACAGGGCAUUUUGAAAGUGAUUGCUUUUGCUAGUAGAGCACUAACAGUAGUUGAACAGCAGUACUGUCAGACAGAACGAGAAGCGUUGGCAUGUGUGUGGGCAUGCGAGAAAUUUCAUUUAUAUUUAGUUGGUUGUCAGUUUACCUUGUAUACAGAUCAUCAAGCGUUAGAAAUCCUUUACUCAGCAAAGGCCAAACAAUCUGCUCGAAUACAGAAAUGGGCAUUGCGCCUCCAGCAGUAUAACUACACGGUCAAGUAUCGUCCAGGCACAAGGAAUCCGGCAGAUUUCCUUUCGCGGGCACCAAUUAACGAGCCCUCGGGACUGUCUAUUGCCGAAGAAUAUAUUAACUUUAUAACAGAGCAAGCCAUUCCCAGAACAAUUACCUUGUCAGAGGUGCAAGAAGCGACAAAGAACGAUAAAGAACUGCAGUCAGUUGGACGAGCACUUCAGUUUGGCAACUGGAAAGACAAAUCCAUAUCAGCUUAUUUUGCAGUACGGCAUGAAAUAACAUCAGUAAGGGGUGUACUGUUGAGAAGACACCGACUGAUUAUACCAAUAUCACUUCGAAAUAGAACUCUAGCCCUGGCACACAGAGGAAACUUGGGAAUUGUCAAGACCAAACAAAAUUUGAGAACCAAGGUAUGGUGGCCUAGAUUAGAUAAAGAAGCAGAGCAACAUGUAAAGGAGUGUUUGACGUGCCAAAUAUCUGGUGAUCCUGAACCCCCUCCACCUCUAGCAGUUGUCCCACCUCCAGUGGCACCAUGGUCAUGUAUUCAUGUUGAUUUCUAUGGACCAGCACCUACAGGAGAGCAUCUAUUGGUGAUGUUAGAUGAAACAACCGGAUUCCCAGAAGUUGAUAUUAUGAAUAAAACCACAGCUUUUCAUACAAUACGAGCGUUUGAAAAAGUGUUUGCCAGACACGGACUGCCAGACACAAUUAAGAGCGAUAAUGGGUCGCCGUUCCAGUCCAAGGAAGUUAAGGACUAUCUGACAACACAAGGCAUCCACCAUCACCGUGUAACACCUUUAUGGCCCCAGGCCAAUGGAAAAGUGGAAGGCUUCAUGAAACCUAUGGGUAAAGCUAUUCGAGCGGCUUGGGCAGAGGGUCGAGAUUGGCAAAGAGAACUAUUUGCAUUUUUGAUGAAUUAUCGUACUACACCCCACCUAUCUACAGGUGUGGUAGCCUGCGAACAGGCUCACUGGGAGAAAGGUGAGCCUGCACGGAACCAUGCGUUUUAUUCAAUCAUCCCCUUUUCGCAUCUGCUAAACGCUAACCAAUCAGCGUCGACUGCGAUAAAUAAACUGUCAACUGUCAAAUUGACGCAAGGCGUGUACAUUGUGCAACAUGAACAAUAAUACAAAGCAUUAGCGGGCCGCACAAUAUAUUAGUCGGAAAAAUAUAGAAUUCUUCAAAUAUUAAAUAGAUAUCAAUACACAUACAAAUAUAAAGCCGAAUAAACUACCAUUGGCUUUGAAUUUACAGUAAUACUUGUACUAUGUGCGACUGAAAGAACAAUGUUCUGAAUAUUUUGAAGCUAUUACUAAAAUACGGUCAGAUAGAUCGGGAUUUGGAAUACCGAAUACGUUUAAAAUUUUACUAACUGUGGUCUAAAUAAAUGAUAAAUGAGCAUGUAUUUAUUAAUUUCUUCGAAAUCACGAGUGUGCCAAUAGUGGAAGCCGUAUCGACGACGAAAUUGUCAGCAGUUAAUAUACAGUAAAUAGUACAACGUCAACGUUUAAUGUACGAUAUAUAUUUAUCUAAAUGACAUGCCAGCGAGGAUCAACAAUAUAAUUAUUCGUACAUAUUUGGGUAUCUUUUGUAUGCCUUCGCUUGCUGACUUGCUCACUAAUGAGAAUAAUCCGUGAAGCCACGACGACCUCAAAAUGUACUAUACUAUAGUCUGAUGUCAAUCCGAAGACGAAGUUCAGAAUACUGUUAUAGUUUCGUGUAUUGGAUUUAAGCGAUAGAUUCAAGUCAUUUAUGAUAGACUUUUUUGCUGUGAUGCUUUGCUAUUGCUUUUGGUUUCCAUUUCUAGUUUUAUUUGUUCGAUAGUCCCAUAAUAUAUAAUAUUAAAAUGAAUAAAGUUCAAAUUCUUCAAAAUGCUGUUGUUGACAUUUGCUAUUUUUAGUAAUUUUGUCAACGAGUGUAAGCCAAUCAGAAGCCUGCGUUUCUAUACGAACGCCACUACCAAGAAAACCUAUAGUUCCGUGCAGGCCUCUAUUCUUCGCGCCGCCCGCAACCCAGGGCCUGUUCGCAGGCUACAGGUGUGGCGCCAGCCGAGAUGCUUUACAAACGAGUAAUUCGAUCUACCGUUCCGUCUUUCUCUCAGGCACCUGCCAAUACAGCUGCAAAAAGGGUUUUGGAAGGAAAAGCUAAGUCAAAACAAUAUGUAGAUGCCAGAAGACGUACACGAAAGUCAUCGAUAAAGGAAGGAGAUACAGUGUUGGUGAAACAGAAAAAGAAGAACAAGUAUACAACCAUGUUUCGUCCUCAACCAUACAAAGUUAUCAAUGUGCGAUAUUCCAGAGUAACAGCGCAAAGGGGUGAUCAUGUGAUUACAAGAAACGUUUCGCAUUUUAAGAAAUUUAGUGGAGCGUAUAGAGAGUCCAAAUCCUGAGUCAGAAGAUGAUAUUACCAUUGCGGCCCCACAAGCAGGACAGGACAAUGAUCAAGACAUAAUUGAAGAUAGGUAUCCUUUAAGAGCAAACAGAGGCGUACCGCCAGAUUUUUAUGGACGGUAA